UCUCAGAUUACACAGCCACCCCAUUUGUUCUGGACAGAGUGGGAGGAGAGGAAGAUGAAAGAAGACCCUGUAAAAGUAAAGUGUCAAUGUGCAUGUGUGUCUGGGAGUUUUUUAUCUUACUGCCCAACAUCUCAAAGAACGCUAUAGUCCUCUUGUUUUUUAGCUCUAUACCAUCAAAGGUUAAGCAAAAUAUCGGAGAAUUCCCCUGAGGACUUUUUGGAGAUUCAGUCACCUGCCAACAUCUAAGGAGGAAAUUCUCUCUCUCGUUCUUACUAUUGUCUUUAGCUUUCUUUUUCUGUUCUCUUUCCGUUUCACUAUUUCCUCUCCCCAGCCUCACCUGCAUUGUUCUCGGGCACAGAGAGACUUCCAUGGACCCCCUGACUCUGCUUUUGUCCAACACUUUGCACUCUGAAAACUCCCCACGCUGCGCUGGAGUAAGAAAGGAGAGACGUUGAUGGGACGCAGCCUGACAGCAGCAGCCUCCUCUGGAGACAGACAGACCCCUGAAUUCUAACCACCCUGUCUUCCCCACCCUGCAAGGCCAUGAGUGGACCGCACCUCACCCUCUUUGCCCUGGCUCUGCUGGGAGGACUCCUGGCAGGGUACCUGGAGGUCUGCCAUGGCCAUGUGACUGAGGACGAGGAUUUCUACACGCAGGAGCUCCUGAGCAGAGAGCACUAUCACCAGGUCCCAGGGGCCGAGGAGCAAGCCCAAACCCCACGGGACCAUAGUCCUAGUCAAACCACAGCCAAGAAAGGGGCCAAGGGCAAGGCACCGAGCAGCCGGCAGACGGACAAGGCCACCCCGGAGGCUAAGACUGUGAAAAAUAGAAAUAAGAAUACUGAGAAGAGCAAGAAAAGUCCAAACAUGAUCAGCGAGGGAGAUGCUCAAUACAAGAAGAUUCAAGAGGAAUGCCCUCCGAUGGGACUGGAGACACUGAAGAUUGAUGACUUCCAGCUUCAUGCCUCCACCAUGGGACGCUACGGGCUUGGAGCUCACAGGGGUCGCCUCAACAUCCAGGCUGCCCUCUAUGAAGAUGAUUUGUAUGACGGAGGCUGGUGCGCAGGGAGGCUUGACCCUCUGCAGUGGUUCGAGGUGGACGCCAGAAGGUUGACCAAGUUCACCGGGGUCAUCACGCAGGGCAGGAACUCCCUCUGGUCGAGCGACUGGGUGACAUCAUACAAAAUCCUGGUGAGCAAUGACAGUCACACCUGGGUGACUCUGAAGAAUGUCUCAGAAGACCUGAUAUUUAUAGGGAACAAAGAGAAGGAGAUCCCAGUAUUGAACAUGUUCCCUGCACCCAUGGUGGCACGCUACAUUAGAAUCAACCCUCGCUCCUGGUUCAACAGUGGCAGCAUCUGUAUGCGGGCUGAGAUCCUUGGCUGCCCCAUGCCAGAUCCCAAUAACUACUACCACAGAAGGAAUGAAGUGACAACAACAGACAAUUUGGACUUCAAACAUCACAGCUACAAAGACAUGAGGCAUCUCAUGAAGUUGGUGAAUGAAAUGUGCCCCAACAUCACCCGGAUCUACAACAUUGGCAAGAGCCACAAUGGCCUCAAGCUCUAUGCAUUUGAGAUAUCUGACAACCCCGGAGAGCACGAACUCGGUGAACCAGAGUUCCGCUACACGACCGGUUCCCAUGGUAAUGAGGUGCUGGGUCGUGAGCUACUGCUGCUGCUCAUGCAGUUUAUAUGUCAGGAGUACCUGUCCGGUAACCCACGGAUACGCCACCUGGUGGAUGAGACCAGGAUCCACCUGUUGCCAUCCGUCAAUCCUGACGGCUAUGAGAAAGCUUUUGAAGUGGGUUCUGAGCUGAGCGGCUGGUCCCUGGGACGAUGGACCCAAGAUGGCAUCGACAUCCACCACAACUUCCCUGACCUCAACUCCAUCCUCUGGGAGGCGGAGGCCAGGAAGUGGAUCCCCCGGAAAAUGUUUAACCAUCAGGUGCCCAUCCCGGAUUGGUACCAGUCCAAAAACGCAACGGUUGCUGUGGAGACACGGGCCCUGGUGGCAUGGAUGGAGAAGAUAUCCUUUGUGCUGGGGGGGAACCUCCAGGGGGGGGAGCUGGUGGUGACCUUCCCCUAUGACAAGACACGCUCCCAGGGCGUCAUCAGGGAGCAGACGCCCACUCCUGACGACCACGUCUUCCGCUGGCUGGCCUUCUCCUACGCUUCCACCCAUCGCCUAAUGACCGACGCCAGUCGCCGUGUCUGCCACUCUGAGGACUUUGCCAAAGAAGACAGCACCAUCAAUGGAGCAUCCUGGCACACGGCAGCAGGGAGUAUGAAUGAUUUCAGCUACUUGCACACCAAUUGCUUUGAGUUAUCGAUGUUCGUGGGCUGUGAUAAAUUCCCUCAUGAAAGCGAGCUGCCCGAAGAGUGGGAAAACAACCGCGAGUCACUACUUGUCUUCAUGGAGCAGAUGGCGGAAAGAAGGGGGGAACCUGAGAGUUGUUUUGGAGAGUGUCACCAUCGACGCAACCGGUUGUCCCUCGUGUUUUCUGUUUCCCCACGUCUGCGGAUCCAUAUUACGUUGCACACGCCGUGCUUAACAUACCGACUAAAUCUAUAUACGCUGAUCAAUCCAAUCAACCGAGAGCGAGCUGUCCGCCGAACCGAACGGCGGCUUGGGCUGUCCUGGAGACCGGGGUGGGAGUCUACUGGAGUGGGGUCUUCAAACGCAUCCGGGAAGCAGGCUUGACCAUCAACCCGAGAAGUGUUCGCUGGCAAAGAAAGAAGUCAGUUACCUGGGCUACGUGAUCGGCAAUGGCGUCAUCCGGCCACAAGUGGAGAAGGUGGAAGCCAUUCGCAGCUGCACACCUGCACAACAACAAAGAAGAAGGUGAGAUCGUUCCUGGGGUUAAUGGGAUGGUAUAAAAGGUUUAUGCCUAACUUCUCCGAGAUGUCCUCUCCCCUUUCGGAUCUCACCAGGGCUGCGUUGCCAACCAGAGUGGUGUGGACGGAGCAGUGCGAAUCCGCCUUCCAGGAUCUGAAGGGGGCAGUCUGCAGCGACUCUGUCCUGUUGAGCCCGGACUUCAACAGGCCCUUUAUCGUCCAGACGGACGGGGUGGGGUGGGGCUCGGGGCAGUCCUGCUCCAGGAGGUGGACGGGUCCCGGAGGCCGGUUGCAUUCAUCAGCCAGAAGCUGCUACAGAGAGAAAGGAGGUACUCUGCGGUGGAGCUAGAGUGCCUGGCGAUCAAGUGGGCGCUUGACUCUCUGCGGUACUACCGUUCCAGCUGGAGACCGACCACAGGGCGCUACAGUGGUUGGAGAAGAUGCGGGACACCAACUCCCGUAUCACCAGGUGGUACCUGUCUCUCCAGCCAUACAGCUUCACAGUAAUGUACCGGCCGGGUGCUUCAAACAGGGUUGCAGAUUUCCUCUCCCGCAUCCCGGAGGAAGCUAUUUAGCGGGCUAGAAUAUGGUGUAGCAGGAUGGUAGGUGUAUAUACCUGUCUGUAGUAUUUUAGGGAAGGUGUUUAUUUUUAGUUAAGUGAAGUCGGUAGUAUCGUAAGAUUAAUUGAUUUAGGAGGGGGAUAAUGGUCAGAAUGGGUGAGGCUGCGCGGAUAAAAGGGCAGAGCAGAGCAGGUGGAGACAGUGGGGACUAAGGGGAACAGCCAACCACACCUCUGUAAUUAUUAUUUUAUUAAUAAAACCUUCUGGGAUUGAUUCUAAAA